AAUAUAUUCACUGGCGGGCGCGUUUCGCCGGCUCGCAUAUUUAUUCAUCAAGUUUUUGCUGGUCUAAUUCGAAACAAAUCAUGCACAGGAAGUGAGAAUUCAUUUAAAAAAUGAUGGUUUGGCGUGUUACAAUUAUUCGCUUGCAUUCCCUCGAUGCAUUCAGCCACGCAAGGUAGCGAUGCGACUGUUAUGCUAUAUUUGUUCGUUACAUUAAGUCAACAUGAGUGCUUUUUUUUUCUCAGCGGCUGUCUUUAUCUCAUAUCUUAACCUUUUUCUUCCAGCCGUUUUGACUGCGACCAACCAGGCCCGCAGUACUGUGGUUGUCGUCGAGGAUUCUGUAACGAAUUGUGACGAUAGAGAUUAUGUGCUAACCUAUGGUCCUAUGACUGUCACACGUGCCGGCAAGUUUUUGAUCGUAAACGGAAGAGUGACAGUGCAAAGAGACCUACAAAAUCCUAUUUCGUUUCAAAUCCGGAUCGAAAAAUGCAGGGAUAAGGGAAACCUUAAUUCCUGCGAAUAUUAUUCAACAUGGAAGUGGGAUGAUGUAUGCAUACCACUCAAAAUACUGCCUUUCAUGGAGGGCUUUUGGAAGGCUCACGAGCCCUUUCCGAACUGUCCCUACAAAAAGAAUGUUUAUGAAUUAAGAAACUUCAGGAUUCCAUCGGAUGCAGUGACUGCUGUGCUCCCAAACAGUGAAGGUCAUCCUCUCUAUACUGUCCGCAUCCUUUCCAAAGAGCAAAAAGAGAUUGUUUCUUGUAUAAGAACCAGUAUUCGUUUCGCGACCGUCAGAAAAAAAUAUUAAUUAUUACGGGCCAUUUAAAGCGAGGUCUAUCAUAGUUAAUGUUUUUCUAACACAAUUGGCUCAGAGAGUGAAAUUAAGCGUACGUUUGUUGACUUUAGUGGGUGCUUAACUAUGAGAGACCAAAAAAUUGAAUGGAUGCCUUUCUAAAAGUUGUUUUCAUUCCACAAUUCUGCCGGGAAUCCUGCCGUGCCGGUCGUUUUUUACCCUGUGGACUUACUGGCCGCCCGUUUCGAAACCACCAACUAAUAGAACAAAACAGUCCAGUAAAACUUUGUCUUAAAAAAUUGCUUUCCUGCGUGAUUGAUCGCAUUAGAUUUUCGUUUAAACUUGGAAAAACAGUCAAAUUGCAGGAUAUAGGCAUUGAGAGAAAAGCUAUUUUCAAACAAAUAAUAAACACUGAAACCUGACUUGAGACACCCAGUGCAUUUUGUAUUGUGCGUAAAUUGCGAAUUCAAAACUAAACCAAGGUUGUAAACUGUCUGACGACAGUGUGUACGACAGUACAUGUAAAAAGUAAAAUUAGCUACAUGAACGCAUUUUUUUAAGAAUUUUCAAUUUUUGUUAACUUUUAAGGCAACAAGGAUCCUCCAAGCACUUGACUUUCAGUUAUCCUCAUGAAUAUUUUUGAAUGAACCACUAACCAGUGUAUUAAUUGAAGCACUGUGUUACACGUUUCACUUCAAAAAUUUAGAAAGCAAUUAAUACAACGGGAAGUUCGAAAAUCAAUUCCUAAGCAUAUUAUCAACACGUCACACAGAUUAAGUGGAACAGUAGUUAUACAUAAUGAGUCGUUUUCAUACUUGCGUUUAACUGACUAAUUAAUUAUGAAUAAUCAUAUUUUUUGCUGGAGUUGACUUCCAAAGUUAUUCCUGUAAAUGAAUAAUUUUUCUUACAAAAUUUCGAAGAGAAAACACGAAGGAGUACUUUACUUCGUAGCUUGUUCAAUGGGCCACUAUGUUGCCGUUUAAAUUUCAAAUGAUUUUAAAAUGAACCAGUCGUGUUAAAAAAGAGGAGGGUAAGUAAUUUAGAUUAGAAAAUUAACAGUUAGUCUAUGUAUUUGUAAUCUACUGCUCUUUAAUUUUUGCAUUAUCUUUUAUUUUAUUUUAUUAUCAUCAAUGAGUGCGACAUAAUGAUCGGAAACAUCCUCCUGAGCAAAUAAACUAUUCUCUUUUGUGAGAAGAAAAUAAAAAAGAAUGAUAAAUAGGGCAAAAUAAUAAGAAAUAAUAAUAAUCUGACAUUAAAAAUAAUGCUAUCGACAAUACCGCUAAUGAUGUUCCGACUUCCGAAUACCACUUAAUUAGCUCUCAUGUCGUGGCGUGGUAUCACACUUGAAUGAAGGAGAAUCAUGGAGGCUCUAGAAACAGUUUACUUUCACCUACAGUGAGUACAGGUACACCAUAGACAGCAAAGCGGGAAAUAUCCUUCCCUUUUAAUAUAGAGAUUGCAUCUAGAACUCCUCAAGCGUGUUCUUGGUAAAAUAGGAAA